UCCACACUAGCAGCUUCCAGUCCCCAAUAUAUAAAUAUGCAAAUGGCCCUCAGUGAGAAUUGCCCGAGCCCAGGCCUCACUUUUCUGUUAUUAUUGCUAGCUUUACUGUUUCAUGCCGGAGUGUCCGAUCUUGGGUUAAAUUUCUACUCGGAAAGUUGCCCAAGGGCCGAAGAGAUAGUGAAGGAACAAGUGACGAAGCUUUACCAGAAGCAUGGAAACACUGCAGUUUCGUGGGUCAGAAAUCUCUUUCAUGAUUGCAUGGUUAAGUCAUGUGAUGCCUCGGUUUUGCUGGACACGACAAGCAGAAUUGUGUCGGAGAAGAAGUCACAGAGGAGCUUUGGGAUGAGAAACUUCAAGUACAUUAAUACCAUUAAGGAGGCCCUCGAAAGAGAAUGCCCCAUGACCGUGUCUUGUGCCGAUAUUGUAGCUCUUUCUGCAAGAGAAGCCAUCGUCAUGCUAGGAGGCCCGUACAUUGCUGGGAUGAAAACUGGGCGAAGAGAUAGCAGGGAAAGUCAUAUCUCCGUCGUCGACGACUUCAUCCCCAACCACAAUGACACCAUCUCACUUGUGCUUUCACGUUUUCAAUCCGUCGGAAUCGAUGUUGAAGGAACUGUUGCUUUAUUAGAACGUACAGGUGCUCACUCCGUUGGUCGAGUUCACUGCCUCAACAUUGUAGGUAGGUUGUACCCCAAUGUUGACCCCACCUUGGAUCCUGAGUACAGCGAGUACCUGAAGCGUCGGUGUCCAUCACCACAACCAGACCCACAAGCAGUGCAAUAUGCAAGGAAUGAUCGUGAAACCCCGAUGGUGCUUGAUAACAUGUACUACAAGAACCUGCGAACACAAAGAGGCCUGUUGUUGGUCGAUCAGCAGUUGGUUUCUGAUCCAAACACAUCUCCUUUUGUGGAGAAGAUGGCGUCGGACAAUGCCUACUUUCAUCAUCAGUUCUCUAGGGCUCUACUUUUGCUCUCAGAGAACAAUCCCCUCACUGGUGACCAAGGAGAGAUUAGAAAGGAUUGUCGCUUUGUCAAUACCCAGUGAUCCAUCCAUCCAUGUCUCACCAAAUACUUAAUCCCAUUUGUUUUUCAUGUGUAAUCCAUGGUGAAGAGCUCUUGUGCCAAAUAAUGACUUCAGUUAUGUUGCACCAAACUAGUUUUAAUUAA